UUGACAUUCGGAUGUCAGUGCAUUUUAGGUUAGCUUGUUGAUGUAAGUUUUAUUUUGCUGUGUAUCAUUACACUUAUAAUAUGAUUGAGAUUUUAGAAAAUUGCGGAUAGAUAUGUACUUUAAGUGUAAUUCCCUAAGCAGAUUUAGUAGUUUGGAGCCACCAUAAAACAUUGUUGGCAUACAUAUUCUAUGGAUUUUUCGCAAAUCCUUUUCUAGUUCUUGUAGAGAUUUCACCGGACAACAUGAGCACUAGAGGCCUAACUAAGAAGGAGUUGGAGGAACUCCGCAAAAAAGAAGAGGAAGAGGCUGCGGCGCAUGUAUUCAAAGAGUUUGUGGAGACAUUUCAAGAAGUACCAAGCAGCACCAGCAAAGUCUGGGUGAAAGCAGGCACAUAUGAUGCAGGAGCUCGCAAGGAAGACACCUCGGAACGUGGGAAACUUUACAAGCCAGUCUCACGGAUAGAUGAGAAGCGCACACACUCGGAAGCAGAUGUGAUCCGCAGCCUGGCACUGAAGUCGGACCCGCCGGGCCGCCCGCGCUCCAAACAGAAGGGGCAGGACAAGAAGAAGAGUAACUUGGAACUAUUCAAAGAGGAAUUGAGACAGAUUCAGGAGGAGCGCAACGAGCGACACAAGUUCAAGAAUGUGUUGCGCGAGCGCGGCGCGGGCGCAGGUGUGGGCCCCGCCGCGCUCGGCGCGCAGCCCGUGGAGCCGCUCGACGCGCUGCCCGACGUCGGCUCCUACGACAACGGCGACCCCAACACCACCAACCUGUAUCUGGGCAACCUGAACCCUAAGAUAACAGAGCAGCAGCUAAUGGAGAUAUUCGGGCGGUACGGUCCGCUGGCCAGCAUCAAGAUAAUGUGGCCGCGCUCCGACGAGGAGAAGGCGCGCGGCAGAAACUGCGGCUUCGUCGCGUUCAUGUCGCGGAAGGAUGGUGAACGAGCGCUGAGAUGCAUCAAUGGUAAGGAGGUGAUGAGCUACGAGAUGAAGCUGGGAUGGGGCAAGGCGGUGGUGAUCCCGCCAGUGCCGAUCUACAUCCCGCCGGCGCUGCUGCAGCCCAGCAAGCCGCCGCCACCGUCCGGUUUGCCCUUCAACGCACAGCCUCCCAAACACCUCAUCAACAAGAUUCCGCGCGUGAGACCUGGCGAGUAUUAUCCUAGUGAUCCAGAGGAUCGGGAAACUUACGAACAGAUUUUAUCACAAUCUAUAGUGAAAGUUGUGGUACCCACGGAGAGGAACAUUCUAAUGCUAAUCCAUCGCAUGGUGGAGUUCGUGAUCCGUGAAGGUCCUAUGUUCGAAGCAAUCAUCAUGAACAAGGAGAUCAACAACCCGUUCUUCCGUUUCCUGUUCGAGAACCAGUCGCCGGCGCAUGUGUACUAUCGAUGGAAGCUGUUCUCCAUGCUGCAGGGGGACUCGCCCAAGCAGUGGUCGCUCGACGACUUCCGUAUGUUUAAAGGUGGUUCAGUGUGGCGGCCGCCGGUGAUGAACUUGUACACAGCGGGCAUGCCCGACGAGUUCGUCGAGGAGGAGGACGCCAAGGACAACAUACGAGGCACGCUCUCCAACAACCAGCGCGACCGGCUAGAGGAGCUGGUGCGGUCGCUGACGCCGGCGCGCGCGGCGGUGGGCGCGGCCAUGGCGUGGUGCCUGGAGCACGCGGAGGCGGCCGGCGAGGUCGCCGCCUGCCUCGCCGAGGCGCUGGCCGGCGACUCCACGCCGCCGCACAAGCGCAUCGCAAGACUCUACCUGCUCUCCGACAUCCUGCACAACGCCGGCGCCAAGCUCACCAACGCCAGCGCCUUCCGCGCCGCUUUCCAGCAGCGACUGGUAGAGAUCAUGCGGCACUCACACCUGGCGUGGGCGCGCAUGACUUCACGUCUGCAGCAGGAAGGUUUCCGCGCCAGGGUCACACGCAUCCUGCAGGCCUGGGCCGACUGGGCUGUCUACCCCACCGACUUCCUGUUGCACAUUAAUGACGUAUUCCUCGGUCAGGAUAAGACUAGCGCGGCGCCCGAGGCGGAGAGCUCUGCGGCGGUGGGGUCCGGCGCGGAGAGCGGUGGCGCCUCCCCCGCGCGCUCCUCCGCCUCCGAGGAGUCCUGGGAGGGAGGCACGCGCGGCCCUCUCGACGGCGCCGCGCUGCGCCGCCUCGCCGCCACGCGACACGUGCACGCGCCCGCACACGCGCCCGCCGCUGCGCACGCGCACGCACCCGCCAUCGCGCACGCCACGCACACUUCCACUGCCGACAUCGACGGCGUGCCCGUGGAUGAGGAUAUAGACGGCAUUCCCCUGGAGUUGGAGGGCGGGUCGGAGGCGGAGGCGCGCGCGCCGGCGGCGGGGUUCGUGCCGUCGCGCUGGGAGACCGUGGAGCCCGCGCCCGCGCCCGCGCACGCGCCCGCGCCCGCCGCCGCCAGCCCGCCGCCCGCGCACCACGACGACGACGACGAGCGCGCCGCACUCGCCAACAUGCACACCGACAAUAACGACGAGCAGUGUCUGAAACGUGAGACCCUCCGCGAGAUCGAGGUGCGCGUGCUGAAGUACGCGGACGAGCUGGAGGCGGGCGUGAGGGCGCGCCGGCCCGGCCUCGCGCACCACCAGCAGAUACAGCACUACAGGCGGAAACUCAUCAAGAAGGCGGCGCGGGAGGCGCGGGAGGCGCGAGAGGCGCGGGAGGCGCGCGAGGGGCGCGAGGAGCGCACCGCCUCGCCCGAGCUGCGCCGGCGCUCGCCCGCCGAGGACGACGAGUAUUCCACCACAUCAUCCAAGAAGUCCAAAAAAUCAAGGGAACCGUCGUUAUCACCACCACCAAAGAAAUCUCGAUACAGCGACCGCAGAAGUCGAUCCCGUUCGAGAUCACGUGAUAGGGAAAGAGACCGCGAUAGAUCUCGGGAGCGCGACCGGGAACGAGAUAGAGAGAGGGAGAAAGAGCGUGAGCGCGAACGCGAGAGAGAAAGAGAGAGGCGAAGACGCUCGCCCGCCACGCCUCCAGCACACCACCACCGGAAGCACAGCAAACACGCCAAAUACAAGUACUAAUAUUUAAUGGUAGAUGGCGUUAAUACGAAUUAAGAAUAUCGCUUUUGUAAGAUAAAAUAUAUCGAAAAUUAUAUCAGAAAGCUGAA